UGCAAAUUGGUAACCUGGAAUCGUGUUUUAUGGCCACUCGCUAGCGUUUUGUUUGCCUUCCGGACUGGCUCCGUGCGGGAUAUCAGCGAAUUAUGCACUAACUGUGAGCUUAGAGCAGCGUGCUGGCCUCGGUGGGUUCUUGAUUUAUAUCAGGCUGAAGCAGAGAGGAGGGCAAAGUUUUGCUCGCCGAACGCCGAGGAAUGAAUUACAAGUCUGAGAGGACGGUAUCCCACACGACCCGGAGGGGUCUGACUUUCACCAUGGACUUGCAGCUCGUGCUCCUUUUUGCGGGGAUAAUUGCGUUUUCGGACUCGGCCAGAGGCCCCCCAAGGAUUGCCGAUAAAGUGAUCCACCGCCAGUCUGUGAGGCUAGGGAGGACCAUCAAGCUCCUGUGCCCGGUGGAGGGCGACCCUCCGCCUCUCACCAUGUGGAUGAAGGACGGGCGCACGAUCCACAGCGGCUGGACGAGGUUCCGAAUCCUUCAGCAGGGGCUGAAAAUCAAGGAGGUGGAGAGCGAGGACGCGGGAACCUACAUUUGCAAAGCCACGAACGGCUUCGGCAGCACCAAUGUGAACUACACCCUCAUCGUGAUCGAUGACACCAGCUCAGGAAAGAACAGCCAGGUACCUGAAGGUUCGAAUGGAGAAUAUGAAGAUCAUUCUGGGAAGCAAUGGGCCCAGCCCAGGUUCACACAGCCUGCCAAGAUGAGACGGAGAGUGAUCGCCCGUCCCGUUGGCAGCUCCAUCCGCCUGAAGUGCGUGGCCAGCGGGAACCCACGGCCUGACAUCACGUGGCUGAAGGACAAUAAGCCCCUCACGCCCCAGGAGAUUGGGGAGAACAAGAAGAAGAAGUGGACGCUGAACCUGAAGAACCUGAAGCCAGAGGAUAGUGGGAAAUACACCUGCCGAGUGUUUAACAAAGUUGGAGAAAUCAAUGCAACAUACAAAGUUGAAGUAAUCCAGAGGACGAGGUCCAAGCCCAUCCUGACAGGGACACACCCCGUCAACACCACGGUAGACUACGGCGGGACCACAUCCUUCCAGUGCAAAGUCCGCAGCGAUGUCAAACCCGUCAUCCAGUGGCUGAAGAGGGUGGAGUACGGCACAGAGAGCAAGUACAACUCCACCAUCGACGUUGGGGGGCAGAAGUUUGUUGUUCUGCCCACAGGGGAGGUCUGGUCCCGUCCUGACGGUUCCUACCUGAACAAACUGAUGAUUACUCGAGCCAAGGAGGAGGAUGCGGGGAUGUACAUCUGCUUGGGGGCAAACACCAUGGGCUACAGUUUUCGCAGCGCUUUCCUCACAGUUCUGCCAGAUCCCAAGCCUCCAAGUGCACCUGUGCCCCCCUCCUCAGCCAGCAGCCUUCCCUGGCCCGUGAUCAUCGGCAUCCCCGCCGGAGCCGUCUUCAUCUUCGGGACAAUCCUCCUGUGGCUUUGCCAGACCAAGAAGAAACCCUGCUCCCCACCAGCUGCUGCCCCCGUGCACCGGCCGCAGCCCCGGGACAGGAUCUGCGUCUCCCAGGUCCCUGACAAAGACUGCAUCUCCUCCAUAAAUUAUGAGGAAUACGUCGCCCAGCAGCAGCAUUUACUGUCCCAAGGGCCUGCACUCGCCCCAGCCAUGGCAUCCAAAAUGUACCCAAAGAUUUACACGGACAUCCACACCCACACUCACUCGCAUGUGGAAGGCAAAGUCCAUCAGCACCAGCACAUUCAGUACCAGUGCUAAGAGGGUGGCCGUGUACAGUAGCUCGUUUGGGCUUUUCCCCCUGGUACCUCAGAAGAGACUGCUCUGAGUCAGCUCACACUGCCAGCAAUAGGCAAAGCAGACAGAAAAGAUUAUAUAUAUAGUUUUAAAUAUAUAUAUACAUAUAUAUAUAAUUGUAUAUGCGUGUGUGUAUGUGUGUAUAUAUAUAUGUGUAUAUAUCUAUAUCUAUCUAUAUAAAUAUAUAUAUAAUAGAGAAAGACAGAGAGAGAAAAGAGAUUUUUUUUUUAUUAUUGCAAUCAGGAUGUAGCCAAGGAAUAAUGAAGGAACUCCAAAUCUCAGCAGCUAGGCAGCCAUCCCCAACAGUGGAGCCUUCCUGGAUUUUUUAAUCAAGGUGGUGGCAAGUAAGACAGGAUGCAGGGAUAUGAACCACCACCUCCUUCCUCAUGUAGCUAAAAGGAGCAAGAAAAGGUGACCGUGGUGCUUUUCCAGGUGGGCAGCCCUGUUCCCCUGGCACAUCACUUGUUUUGGUGGGAAGCCCCCAGACCUGUCCCACUCAGGAGCACAAGGAAAAGCCUUUUCCCUCCGAGUGACUCGAGCGCUAAAGUACCUGAGGUUUAGUGCCAAAGCAUGAGGAGACAUGACCAAUUCACCUAUUCCAGGGGAAAAAAAUAACACAAGAGGGUCUGGAAAAGCUAAUUUCUGUUCACAACGUGAAAUGUCGAAUGUUUCUCAAGCACAGUCGUUUUGUCUGCAAUGCUGACCGAGCUGCUUGGUUUGAUUUCUGCAAGUCACAUUUCUCAUGGAGGGUUCUGCUGAGCAAACCUCACUGCCCCGGUCCUAGGACUCAGUGCCACUGCCAGGAAAAAGGAAGGAAGGAAGGAAAGAAAGAGGAACAUUGUACAGAACACCUUUAUAUUUAUAUUUAAGAAAUAAUAAUAAUUAAUAAUAAUAAUAAUUGAACUGCUGAUGGCGAAGAAAGCAAAACACACUGUCCUUCUCUGAUGGCUUACAGUGACAAGCUACUGGAUUUUCUACAUCAAUGCAAAAUACGUAUAAACAUGAGAAAAAGGAGAAAGAAAAAAAGAGAAUGAAAUAAUAAUCUUGUAGGAAAAAUUGCAUUUGAAAAAUAUUCACCUAGGUUGUGUGUGGUUGCCCCCUCCCCACAGAUAACAGUCUGGAAAUGAUACAACUACAUUUCAGUUCAAACUACAGUAAAAACAGAAAGAAAAGAGAGUAAAUAAGGACCGUAUUAAAUACCUAUAUGGACUGGAAAUGAAUCCAAUUACAAAUAUAAAACCUUUGUAAUUCUAUAUAGAGUUUAAACAAAGUCAUGUAUAUUUAAUUUAUUUUGUUAAACAAGAAAAAAAAUGUAUGAUAUUUUCCUCAAAACAGGCAUUUCUAUACAUAUUUUUGAUCAAAGAAAAUAAAGAUUUUUUUUUC